UGUGACAGGAAGUGCCAAAAACUGCAAUUCCUCUAACGUCCACUUGAGGCUGGUUCCAGAAGUGAGUCAGUCUCCAUAAGUCCCCAUGUUAGACAGCAUGGACGCUUUAAAUUAUAGUUGGUGCUGUUACAGGGAACCGGGCGUCAAUCGGCCACGAGCCAUGUCUUUGCCAUCAAACUGUAUGUUUUAUAUGUUUAUGGUUGAACCGUUAUGUUUCUACAAAAAAGCACAGACUGGACAAACUAACACUGCUUCUAAAUCGGGGCAGUUUGAGUUGGCUGCAGUCUGCAGCGUCACCACUAGAGGCGCUAAAAAACCUUAACACACCGGACCUUUAAUAUUUCACCCGGUCAGUCACUAAAAUGUUAAAUUUUGUUAAAUUUAGUUUGUUAUUAAAUAAAAACAUUUUUAAAAAAGGGGGGCACUCAUUCUCUCUCUUGAACUUAUUUUAUGAUACUUCUGUUGAACUUCUUUCUUUCUUAAUGAAAUCCAGAUUUGAACAGAUUUACGACUUAACCAGGAAUAUUUUAAGGCACUGAAAACCACUUUAUAUAAAGACUGCUUAAGUAUAUGGUGAAGUUAUGUUUGGCAGCAUGGGACAACCUCUGAGAAAAAAAAAAAAAAAAAUUGGGGCGGGUAAUGCAAUUUCAUGCAAUGACAUCACUUUUCCUCAACCCAAAACAGUGAACGCCGAGACGGGGAGAAAGAAAAGCGGCUGCCGCUGCGGGGAGAGGAGCACCGGAGGACGGGGAGGAAGGGAGGAGGACGACACCGCUGACGACCAACGGUUUAUUCACUCACCAUGACACGGCAACGUCGACGGUUCCGACCCAAAUGAGAUGAGAACAAUGUCUGACGAGACAGAACAGAGAAUGUGUGACGAGGACUUCGGUUCGGACGAGGAGGGCGAGGAAGGAGACGUGGAGUCUUACCUGGAGGACAACAGCAGCGAGCUCAUGGACCGACUGAGAGAGCUGGAGGCGGAGAACUCCGCUCUGAUGUUGGCGAACGAGAGUCAGAGAGAAGCUUACGAGAGAUGCUUGGAUGAGGUGGCCAACCACGUCGUCCAAGCUCUGCUGAAUCAAAAGGAUCUGAGAGAGGAGUGCAUCAAGCUGAAGAUGUUGGUGUUCGACCUGGAGAGACAGAACCGAGCGCUCUGCGAGCUUUUUCAGCAGAAACUGCCCAACCACCCCACCGCCCACUACCAGGUCCAGGCGGGACCACUCCCAGACUACAAUGCACAGCUGCACAAUGACUCUGCCAAACAGGUGGAGCCUGCACAGACUGAAGCACAAGCCAAGGGAAACGGCUACCGCACACAACACGCCUCCCCGGGCCCUCGCGGACCUGCCGCCUCCAUGGAGGCCCUGUCCCCAUUCUUUAAAAAGAAAGCACACAUCCUGGAGGUCCUGCGCAAGAUGGAGGAGACGGACCCGCUCAAGUUCCACCCGUCCACCACGAGCUUGUCUUUCUGCGACUACAGCCAGGUGCUCAUGUCCACCGAGGCCGUGUUAGCCACCACCGCCGACCCCCUCCCGCUACAGUGCAAACCCCACCACACACACUGCCACUGCUCGUGCUCCGACGCCGACACGCAUCAGCAUGUCAACGGGGACGGGGCGGUGAAGUGCGAGGGAGGGAACACCUGCUGUCUACACUGCAAGAGGAGCCCGGACAGCCCGCCGAAGCCAUGCAACCACGUCUGUAGUCCUUCAAAAGUCGCCACCCAGAGCCAUGUAGUUCCCGCAGCUGCUAUCAGCGAAUGUCACGGUAAGAGCAGGACGGCGGAGUCCGCUCCCCCGUCAAAACAAUGCACCAAGAAUGAAGCCCACCAGCAACCAGCCGCCGCCACAGCUGCCGCCGCCGCCACCGCCACCCACCCCGCCAACGCAGACACAGCCGACCAGGAGGUGUUGCGAGCGGAGCAAGACCAGGAGAGCGCCGAGGGUUGUCUAAACGCCGCAGCCUCUGAAGAGCUCACCGGUUUCUGUCCCGCCUCCGUGAAGGAGAGCUCCCACUGUGACACGGAGACGAGCGACGGCGUCCACAACGGCUUAGCUCUCUCCUCCAAUGACCCGUCAGCCGUCCCCGAGAAAGAUGUCACAGAUCAGGAGGCUUCUUCCGUGAGAGCCGGCGCCUCCGUCAGCCCGAGCCCGUCCUGCCUCACCGACGUCAAAUCCGCUGCCAUCAACUCUCCGUCCAAGCUGCUCAAGUUCUUGAAGAUUCCCGCGAUGGGCGAGAAGUCUCAGCCGUCGACCGCCGCCGUCCGACUGAGCCCGCAACUCACCCGCAGCUCCAGGAUCCCGUGUCGCACCAACAACUACGAGGUGUACCACUCCCCUGUUCCCACGCGCAGAGCCACCACCACAGAGCGGUGCAGGCAGCCGCCUCCGCCGCCAUCCAGGUCGGAGUCGUACCCCGCCACACACUCAGCACCGACCUCCCCGCCACAGCCCGAAGACAUCUGCUCCCCGCCUGCUAAAGAAAUAAGCUACAGCAGCCUCUCUGCACCUAAAGCCAGCGCCGGUUCAAAGGUGGCCGCUCCGUCGUCGUCCCCUAAAGUAUCUCAGCGGGUGCCUCAUUACGAAAACAUCUGCAACAUGUCGAGAGAGGAGGAGCCGACGCAGAGCCUCGAGAAAAGAACCACACUCCCAUCCCAAACGAAGGCGAGCGUAGGCGAGAGGAAGCUCGUCAAAUCGCUGCCGGAAAGCGUCCUCAACCCGCCGCCUCAACGGAAGCAGUCGUCCUCGUCCACGUCCACGUCGGAGUCGACGUCAGACGAUGAAGAGGACUCGGACAGUCCGGUGUGGGUGAACCAUCACAGCCUGCCCAACUCGGCCCUCAGCAAAGCUCAGAGCAGAGUCAGCUACUCGCAGACCAGAGACAAACCGGAGGCCGACGUAAGCGAGAUCACUGUGCAGCGCUCCGAGGUCGCCCAGGCGCCGCCGCCACCUCCAGCCAGGAGGAGCGACUCCUCUUCCAUCCCCAAGAGGCCCGUCGUGGCCGGGGCGGCGAGGCCUCAGGCUGACUCCAGUCACCACGCUUUCAAAGACAGGCUGGCCGCGCUGGGUAAACUGAGGAGCUCCGAGGAUUUACAAGUUGGUCUGAGGCCGGUGGACGCCGCGAACGAGGCCACCUACGGGGAGGAGAGGAGUAAGACGGCGGAGAGGCCGAUGGAGCUCCACAAAGAGGAGCAGAGACAUUCAAAGUACACAGACUCUCUGGACGGGAAACCCAAAGGGAGCGCGAGCGGUUUGAAGUAUCCGGGCUCGUCUCAGCUGUAUGAGCAGGCGGUGAAGUCUCAGUCUGUGGUGAAACAAGAACUCUGCGUGACCAAGACCGACGGCUCCAAGAGCAAAAUCGGUCUGCCGUCGCCCAACACCGACGCUCCGCAGGUUUUACGCAACAACAUCAAGUGUCCCGGCUCCCUGAACCUCGCCUACAACCUUAAACCAGGCGUCGGUCCUCACAGUAGCAACAGCCCGCACAAAAUCCCCCCGAAGUCGCCGUCCAAACCUUGUCAAGCCCCGUCCGUCCACAGAGGGGGGAAGCCCGCCGAGGCGCCACGUUACUCGUCCAAAUCAGAGGAGAGGACCAAGAUCAGCGGGAAGGGGAAGAAGAACCCGAUGUACGGAGACAGCCUCCCGCCACCGCCUCCAAGACCUCCGACCACCGAGGGGGAGAAGCCGCUGCAGCCGGUCCCCAGCCCGCAAUCAGCCAUCGAGCAGAAGGUGAUGAAGGGCAUCGAGGAGAACAUGCUGAAGCUGCAGGAGCAGGACCGAGGAGGCCAGACCAGCGAGGUGAAGCAGAAAGCCUCCAACGGCAUCGCCAGCUGGUUCGGCCUGAAGAAGAGCAAACUGCCCGCGCUGAGCCGCAAGGCCGACGCCGCCAAAGCGAAAGACGAGAAGAAGGAGUGGAAGAUCAACAUCCCGUCGGUCGGCCGGGACUCGGUGAAGAUGGCCUCCAGGUGUAAAGAAGGAGUGGAAGGUCUGAACAUCUCGACGCUGAUGGAGAAGGCGGAGGGCCUGAGGAGGGCGCUGGAGGAGGAGAGGGCGUACGUGGAGAGGUCAGGCCGAGGUCACUCCUGCGAGGUGGUGAUGGACCAAGCUCAGGGACAGCUGGCCGUCAUGUACAGAGGAGCACGCUCCGAUAACUUCAUGCAGCAGCUGCUGAACAGAGUGGACGGGAAGGAGAUGAUCAGCGUGCCUCAGCGGCGACUCUCGUUCGACUGCAAGACGUCGAAGCCGAUGUUCACGCAGCAGAGCGACAUCAUCAGUCACACGGGCAGCCGUGACGACAUGGAGAAGGGAUCAGACAGAAUCGGAAAGAUCACAUCAGACGAAAACCUCGCGGACUCCGUUCACUCGCAGCACUUCGCAGGUUCCGGUGCGUCCACCUACACCCUCGACAGCGGCAUCGGUACGUUCCCGCUGCCCGACUGCAGCAGCGGAGCGGCAGGACGAGGUCUGUCCAAGACGAGGGCCGGAGCCGAGCAUCACUCGUCCGGCUCCCCGGGCAGAGCCGGCCGACGGGCUCGCACUCUGGACCGAGAUCUGCCGUCGCAGGACGAGUGCUACGCGCCGCACAAACAGCUGAUUCCCACCAUUCAGUACGGCGCCAUGCUGGAGGGCCGGAGCCCCGCCGCCGUCAUCCGUGAAGACAAAGAGGCUCACGGACCGAACAUGUUCUCCCCGCGCUCAAAGACCUGGACCUUCCCCAACCUGAAGACUCCAGCCGGACCUGCAGAGGUUUACCUGGCGGUGGAGGAGGAAGAGGAGGAGGCGGUGUCCUUUGGAUCUCCGUUCAGAGGGAGCGUGAAGGCCGGCGGUCCCUCCUCCUCCAGCCGGGUGGUCGACCCGGGCAGCCUGCCCGUCCCUGCCCAGUCGGGGAUGAGCCGCAGGGGGAAGACUCGCACUCCCAGCGUCCCCGAGAUGAGCCGGGAAGCCGGGCUGGAGCUGCUCAGGGAGCGUCCGGAGGAGGCGCUGUCCCCGAGCCGGCCUCAGGUCCUGGAGACGCCCGAGUCGCUCAGCGACUCUCUGUACGACAGCCUGUCGUCCUGCGGCAGCCAGGGGUGACGCUGCUGACCCGCCGCCACGUUUUGAGGAAACAAACUGCGCCACGAUGACGAUGAGCUACUUGCAACUGGAAAGAUAAGACUUCUCCUCAGGAUUUCCAAUAAACACGAAGCCAAAAGACACCCAGACUCUCGGUUGUUCACUUAUUUUCAGACUGUGGACUCUCCUCCUUCUUCUUCUUUGAUUCACGUAUACAGGACUACAGAACGCAUGGCUACGCUGAACGAUUGGCACAAACAGUCAUCACUCCCGGUAGUCGUCUUUGUUUUGUUUUUGUUUUUAAAAUCUCGGACGUUGGUUUCCGAGGCGACGCUGAGCGACACGUCACGGCGUCGUUUCAUCACAUAAUGUAUCAGAAAAAAAACAAAAAAACACGGAGCUCCUUUAAAAAAAAAAAAGCAAACAAAAAAAGUGAAUGUUCAUGUCUGUGAUUCUUUAUCGCUAAACUCAUUUUAAAUGUAUAAACGAUUUUAUCGACCAUGUUGAUAUUGUUUCUCUGCGGCCGAGCGGCGGCCGUCAGAAGACGUCAUGAUACAUUUAAAGGUAAUAUAUACCAGCAAUAACAUAGAUAAGAGAAAUGGCUACACUAUUCAAUGAAUAUGUAUUUCUAUUAUUUAUUUAUUUUAAAUGUACAUCAUCUUUUUUUUUUUUGUAAUCUUUCUGUGAAACCUGCUCCUCGCUUUAGUAGAUCUUAUGUUCAUAUCUCGUACUUCAACAUCUCUGUUGCUGUUCAUCCUCCCCUAGCCGAUAGAGGUCGUCUGUACCUACUGCCGUUUUUCAACUUUCUAAUUAAAAUGUUUUGAUUUA